AUGACAAUGGAGGCUCUGCCCAGUGUCCUGGAGGUCGAUGAGAAGUCCCCGGAAUCUAAGGACCUGCUGCCCAGCCAGACAGCCAGCUCACUGUGCAUCAGCUCCAGGAGUGAGUCCGUCUGGACCACCACGCCCAAGAGCAACUGGGAGAUCUACCGCAAGCCCAUCAUCACCAUGUCGGUAGGCAGUGCCAUCCUGUUGUUUGGCGUGGCCAUCACCUGCCUGGCCUACACGUUGAAACUGGAUGAGACUAUCUUCAACGUCCUCAAGAUGAUAGGACCCGCCUUCCUGUCCCUGGGACUCAUGAUGCUGGUGUGCGGCCUGGUGUGGGUGCCCAUCAUCAAGAAGAAGCAGAAGCAGAGGCAGAAGUCAAGUUUCUUCCAGAGCCUCAAGUUCUUCUUCCUGAAUUGCUGA